AUGAGGCUGCCAUGCGAUUUGCAGUUCGCCGCUACGGCGCUGCUUCUGUUUACAUCGCCAGUCCUUGCCCGCAGAAUCCCCGUUGAUACCGAGGAAGACAACCUCGGAUCUAGAGAGACACCGGUGCGACAGGUCGCCAUCAUCGGAGCUGGAGCAGCCGGAUCUUCCGCCGCUUACCACUUGCGCAAGUAUGCGGAAGAAUUCAAUGUCCCAGUCAACAUCACCAUCUUUGAAAAGACAGAUCGUAUUGGUGGACGGACUCUGACCAUCAACCCCUACGAUGACCCCUCACAGCGACUUGAACUGGGAGCCAGCAUCUUCAUCGAAAAGAACUUUAUCCUCAACAAAUCGGUGGAGGAAUUUGGCCUCCAAACAAAGGAUCCCGAUGUAGGGUUCGUCGACGACAACUUGGGAUUCUGGGACGGCGAGAAAUUUGUCUUUGAGAUUGACAUGAGCCGCAACUGGCUCGUGAAUAUGGCCCGCGUCAUCUGGAAAUAUGGCUUUUCCGCCCCUAAGAAGACCCAGGGCCUCGUUGCAAAGACUGUUGAAAGAUUCUUGCACUUGUACGAAGAACCGUACUUUCCAUUCAAGUCUCUGACACAGCGCGCAUACGAUCUUGAGCUGACCCCUGCUACGGGCGCCACUGGUGAGGAGUUCUUGAAGGCGAAUGGGAUUGAUGUUGCCUAUGGCACUUAUGCCCACGACAUCGUUCAAGCCACAACCCGGGUUAACUACGCCUCUAACCUCGGCCGCAUCCAUGGACUCGACACCAUGGUUUCUCUGGCGUCCGAUAAUGCGCUAGCUGUUCAGGGUGGCAACUGGCAAAUCUUCCAAAAGAUGGUUGAGAGUUCCGGGGCUUCCAUCUUACGCAAGACCUCGGUAUCAUCUAUCGCUUUCGCGAAAUCCGGAACCGAAACGACCAGUCCCGCCAGGUACAGUCUCAAAACUGUCUGUUCAUCAUCUACGGCAAAGACAGCCUAUCCGGUAGAGUUUGACAAUGUCAUCCUCGCCAAUCCGUACCAAUUCAGUAAUAUCUCAAUUCCGGAGGAGGUGCUGGAUACUCCCAUUGAGAAUAUCAACUAUGUGCAUCUUCAUGUCACCAUCUUCACCUCGCCCUUCAGUCCCAGCUCCGAAUUCUUUGGAUUUGAGAAUCCGAGAGCUAUUCCCGGAGCGGUGCUCACGACGCUCGGCAAGAACGAUAACGCAACCUCGGGAGUGGAAGGCGCGGGAAGCGCUGGCUUCUUCAGCAUCAGCAAGCUGCGUAGGUUGAUGAACCCCAAGACCCAAAAGGAGGAGUACGCCUACAAGAUCUUUUCUCCCGAGAAGAUCACUCCCGAGUUUCUCAGCCGUUUCUUUGGUGUCAAGGUCCCAGAGACGUUUGUCGCCGAGCCAGGCCAGGACCCAGAGGCUGAAGGGGUCAGCCCCAUCACUUGGUAUUAUCCCCAUGAGUUCUUCUCGUAUCCCAAGGCCAAGCCUCGCACACAAUUCCAGGACCCCAUCGUCGGGCCCGGCUUCUACUAUACCUCUGGUAUGGAGAGCUUCAUCUCGACCAUGGAGACCAACGCCCUGAUGGGCAAAAACGUGGCGAGACUUAUCGUGGACGACAUGAGGGGAGUGGAGAGCGGAGGUGUCCAGAGUCGUGAUGGUAGCCUGGCACCAGGCCAACAGCUCAAGAUGACAUGUGACAGGGCAGGAAGAGGCGCUGGUAGGGCCGGAGUGCGGAAGGGGGGUGAGGUUCCCAAGACACGGCCGACUGAGUUGCCCCAGAUGCCGCUGGUGGACCUUUAA